AGAGGAUACUGGAUCGCCUUGAAUAGAGCGCAGCAGUGAUUUCCAGAGACCGCCAGAGAUCAGUGCGUCGUCGCAGUCGAGGGAUGAAAAAGGGAUUAUGUAUCGUUGGGUUAGUUCGUUCUUCGAACCUGCCAAUUCGUAUUUCGUGUUUCGUUGCGCGUGAGACUUGUGCGAUCCUCGAGCGAGGCUCAUCGUAAUGGCCGCGACCUGACUCGGGUGGUGUGCAUGCGAGCUACCGUGUUCGCGUUACGUGAAGUAGACGAGCAGAAGAGGAGAUAGAGUAAAAGAAAUACAAGUAACGAGAAAAUACGACGGAGUUUAGGGUUACCCGAUUUCUGUAUAUAUCGUGAGUGCGUGUGGGUGGGCGAGGUGGGUUGAGCUCUCAAAAAAUCUGGAGGACGGCAAAUCAUGAGCGAGGAUAGGAGUGAAGAGGAUCCCCUAAUGGAUCUCUGGUACAGCAAUUGGGAACAACAGUGCGUUGAGGCGCUGGAAACGGAACCGGAUUACGAAACGCAACUGCAUAACGAAAAGGAACUCUAUUCCCAGCAGAUGUGGACAAGUUUUCAAACGACAGCGUCGGCCAUCGCCCAGCUGUACAAAGAUCGUAUGCAGGGUGUCUCUCUAUGGCUACCCUUCCAGACUGCCGCAGGUACCGUCACAUCUUUGUACAAAGAUUCAAUGGACAGCAUGCGUCGCUGCAGUGAAUUAGGUGUAGAAAUGGGACGGCAAAAACGUUGUAAAGAAAUAAUGAAUUGGGCUAGGAAAAAGAGACGUAUGAUUCGUAGAGAAGACCUGUUAGCAUAUCUCGCUGGAAAGCCACCUCCACCUCGAUCACAUUCGCACAGAAGUUCACCUAAGCCAAGAAUGAUGGUGUGUAGUUCGCCUUCAUCAGAAAGUUCAUCACCAAAUAUGGUUGUUGCACCAACACCGCUACCUGGUAGUGAUCCUGAUCCUGAAUUACAUACAUUUAGAGAAGCAAUUGCAUUAUCUGGUUCGCCAAUAUCUCGGCGCGCUGGGAGACAAGCCGAAUUGUCAGCCUUUAUUAGUAGCGAAUUCGCUCGACAUCAUAAACGGCCUGCUUCGCACGAUGUGGAUAUGGGAUCUCCCACGCACAAACGUUCGCGUUUCAUGUAACGGCGCGCGAUGUGUAAAGUAGCCUCGCUCCCUUGUUCCCCAUUAAUUAAUCAAUUGAUAAAUUAAUUAUUAACGGUUCAACUCCCCUACAUAGUUCCCGGUUAAACAUAAUCACUUCAAGAAGGUGGCAGUGACUUGCAUUGCCAUAUGAAACACGUUCGUAUAUCUGAACUGUUAUAAUAUUUGCCAAGUUACAUUAUUAUUAUUAUUUAUUAAUAUCAACUCUAAAGUUUUGAUCCUACUAUUAAUGAUUAGAGCAAUUAAUUUAAUUAUUAAGUAAUUAAUUUAAUUGCGAGGAGUAAUUGAGCUAUCGAAAUUACUGUGUCAUUGUUUGGAGAAAUAUUAAUUUGUUAACUUAAGUUUUUAAAAUUAUUACAAGAAAAAUGAUUAGAAUUUAUUUGAAAAUUAUUUAUUUAUUUAUAUAUAUAUAUAUACAAUUUGUAUCCUAAUGAAAACGUGUUAUAAAAUACCAUUCAAAGUGCCCAUACAGAGUGAAUGUCAUUGUUUCUUGUGCAAAAAUCUGUAUGUGAUUAUUAGUUGAUCAAUUUGUAAACCAAGAGUAUGUACCUUGCCAAACAUAAUAUGAUAUGUUAAAAGCUGCAACAAACAUGCUUUACACAUAAUUAAUGUGUAUCUUGAAAUUAGCAGCUAAUAUUUCGUGAUAUUUUUUAGUCAGUUCAUAAUAUACCGUAAUUUGUUCGAGUGCGAUGUUUGACAAGUGAUGAAUUGGUGAUCUAGUAUUUUGUAAUUAUAUUACUGUCCAUGAUUGUAAUUUUAUAGGAAAAAAAGGGAACGGGGAGAAAAUGACUGUAGAUCGUUUUUUCACAAUCCAAAGGAUCGCUUCUCUGAUUAUAAUAUUGUUAUGAUUAUUAAAUGAUCAUAGGUAAUUCGUAUUUGGACGCUUUUGUGAAUAAAAAGAUCACAUUUUAUACGACUUUUGUUGGUGAUAUAAGGGAAAUAUGUGAUGGGAGAAAGAAUAAGAACAUAAGUGAAAGCAAUGAAAAACAAUGUGUUAAUGAAUUGGUUUCUGUAAUUCUGUAAUUUUUAUUUAUUAUGUAAAAACAAGGGAUCUACAUUUUCUGUUGUAUGACCUCUAUAUGAUGUGGAGGAAUCAUAAAAAUGUCUUUUGGAUAAUAUAUUUAAUUGUUUCUGCAAUCCGUCUUGUUUGUAAUUGUGCAUCUGCUUUAUUUGUUUUGUGUGCGAUCCCUUGGAAGCAAUCGAAAAGUGUUUGCUACCAUGUUUUACGUGUCAUGACAUCCACGCCUAAGUUUUAAAUAACAUGAGAUCGAGUUUAGAAGCAAGGUUCAAGGAAAAUGCUGAAAAAUGAUGUUCACGUCUUAUUCUUUCCAUAUGUGUCGCGGGUGCUCAUAAUUGUGUAAUUAAUUGAUAAAGGUUCUUAAAUAGACUUUGUGUAGUUAUAAAUCUUAAGCAAGUUAGGGUAAGCAAUGCUUAUAUCAAACAGAAUCGACAGAUAAAAUUAGCGGAUCGGUGGAAAAGCUCUAUAAAAAGUUUCUUCCAAUCUUCUUGUAUUUGACAUCAAUGAUGGAAGAUUAUCAUAGUAUCGAAGUUGAUUUUUAUUUUUUUGCGUAUUUGUUACAAGCAAAGGGUUGAGCAGUGUAUAGUGAAGAUGUGUCUCAGGCGAAAUCAGCAUGAAAACCGUAAAAUGUAAAGGUAUCUACUUUUCCACAAUUUCUAGUAUGGAUUUAAUCAAUAAACGAGCUUUCCGUCUUAGAUGUAGCCAUUAUCAGAGAGACACAGGCAGCUCUUUGCUGUACAUGCACAUACACAUAUACACAUGUAAUGUAUAUAUGCGUAUUUGUACGUAUACGUGCAUAUUUUAUAAGAAGCAUUAUGUUCAAAGGGAGAAGUUGAAAUAGAGUGAUUCAUCACUCGAAUUAUAAGGUCACUGUACAUGUAUAUUAUUUCUAGUGUUGUGCCUCUUAACUGCUUCUACUUGAAUUUUGAAGAUCAUCAAUUAUAGGAAAUUCGAAAGUGUUUUAAUCGAACUGCCUAUAAAUUUAUUUAAGAACAAAGUUCAUUCUUCCUAUUCACGUUUCGAAUUUCCUUUUAUUCGUUCUUCGAAAAUCACUUAGGAGCAAACUUGUUUCUGUUUGUUUCCUUCUUCACAUCGUUUGAGCACCGUUCCGGAAACAAGCGAAAAAUUGUUAUUCAGUUGUAAAUAUAGCGUACGUUUAUAAUGAUAACGAUAAACAAUAGCCUUAGGGGUAUUGCUAAUAUUAUCAUUAUUGAUAUCGAUAACUAUGCGAUAGCUUUAAUAAUAUUUAUCAUAUGAUCGGCAAUUAAUAAAACACCCAGGAUUCCA